AAGAGUCCUGAAUGGGCCAGUGUAACCACUCCAUCCAAAACGAUUGCUUUUCAGUGUUGUUGAUUGCUGUUCUUAGGCAAGAAGCAAUUAUUUUAAUAUGUAUGAUCUCAUUUGCUUUCUAGAAAUACCAAAAUGUCCAGCCUAUCCCACAGAAUUAGUAUUUGCCUUGGAUGUAUCCCAAGAUACCACCUCUGAGAUAUUUCAAGAAAUGAGAAAGACUGUCAUUGAUAUUGUGAACCAAACCAACAUCAGAGAGAGCAAUUGCCCUGCGGGAGCCAGAGUGGCUGUUGUGUCCUUCAGCUCCAACACCAACUACCUCAUCCGCUUCACAGAUUUCCAGAGCAAGAGCAAGUUGCUGCAGGAGCUCAAGGGAGUUUCUUUCCAGAGAACAACCAACAGACGGGACAUUGGUGGGUCCAUGAGGUUUGUUGCCAGGCAUCUCUUCAAGCGAACUCUCCAAGGUGCUAACACGAGGAAAGUUGCUGUCUUCUUCAGCAGUGGAGACUCUGACAAUCCUGACUCGAUUGGCACAGCGGUCCUAGAGUUCAGUGCCUUAGACAUCCAGCCAGCAGUCAUUUCUUUUAAAAACAUCCCUGAAGUUAUCCAAGCUUUUGAGAUGGACAGUACAGGAUUGUUUCAAGUUAUCACCAUCCAUGAGAAGAGUGAUUAUCUUUCAGCCUUAGAAAGACUUCAGGUGUGCGUAAUUUGCUAUGACAAAUGCAAUCCAGAUGAAUCUUGCUUCAGAACUCCACCGUUCGAACCUGAGGCAUAUAUAGAUGCUGCUUUCGUGUUGGAAAAUUCCAGGCAAAUAAGCACUGCUGCAUUUGAAGAACUGAAACGUUUCCUAAGUACGGCACUGGACAGCUUUGUAAUUUCUUCAGAUCCAGUGACCUCUUUGAUAGGUGAUCGGGUAGCUGUUGUGAGCCACGCUCCACCAUAUUUCCAACUCCGAAGUCCAAAGGUUCCGGUAAAAGUUGAGUUUGACUUUGUGACAUAUGAAAGUAAAAGACAAAUGAAGAGGCAUAUUGAGGAAUCUGUUCAGAAGCUAAAUGGAGAAGCUGCUCUUGGCCAUGCCAUAGAGUGGACAAUUGAUAAUAUCUUUUCAGAAGGACCCAACCAGAGAACAAACAAGGCUAUUUUUGUCAUAUCUGUUGGAGAAACAAGUCAGUGGGAUAAGGAAGUGUUGAGUGAUGCAGCCCUGAGAGCCAAAUGCGAAGGCUACACUCUGUUUGUGCUCUCAGUAGGGCCUGAGUAUGAUUACAUAGAACUUGUGGAACUGGCAAGUCAGCCCUUGGAGCAUCACAUGGUACAGCUUGGCAGAAUUCACAAGGCUGAACUGGAAUAUGCAGCGAAAUUUCUGAAGCCAUUUAUACAUCUGCUCAGAAGUGAAAUACACAGCUAUCCACACCCAGAACUCCAGAGAAUAUGUGCAAAAAUCAGUCAUCAAAAACCUAGUGCUCCCUUUGACAAGACUCCACUAAAUAAAAUUCAUUUAGUUGAUGAGACCGGCUCAGCUUUUCUAGAACACCUGCAAAGUGAUUCUUUAUUCCCCGAAAAGAUGGUCAAGAAUGCGCAGCAGUCCAUUAUAUUUGGAAAUUAAUGAAGUAUUCAGAUCUGCAAUUAGACUAAAGACUAUGUUGAAUGUUGUCAAGAAGUAUUUUAUGGUAAUUCUUGAUAACCUUCUACAUUAUUUCUUUGGAAAUCUGAAAAAGCAAACUAAUUGGUGUUAAAGCAGCAGAAGAGUUUUCUAGAAGAACUGAAGAAAAUUUGGGAAAGAGCAACCUGAUUGUACUAGCAAGACAAACUAAAGGAUGUUCAGAACAGAAGAUUCUCAUCUGUGAAUCUGUAUCCUCAAUUUUAGUUUUCUUGCUGAAGAAGUGGGGAGAUCAUGACAUUUAGGUAGCUUGAGGAAUUUUGGAGAGAGAAGGCUUUAAACCCAAUAAAUACACAUUGCGAGUCUAAUCAUUUUAAGUGGGAACUUGCUUUAUAUUCAAUGCUAUAAUAUUGGUAUGCAGGAUUUGUUCUGGUUCAUAUGUCUUUUGGGUAUAAGGUCUCCAGUAGUAAAGUCCUGACAUCUCAA